AUGCACCCAAACUCCUCCUCUUCAUCAUCGUGGUGCCUCUUGCACGGAGCAGACGAACUUAUAGGUUUCCACGGAUGCAAAACAUGGGAUCUUCCCAAAUCUCCAGCUUCACUCAUCCCACACUCUUUCAAACGUUACCAUUACGGUGACUGCCACUACGUGGAUUCUUCCGGAGAAUUGGUUCUGCUCACAGACGGCGCUGACAAAGCUUACUGCUUCCUCGGCAAUCCUGUUUCUCAGCAAUGGUUCAAAAUCCCUCCACCUCCCUCUGAUCCGACAAGUGAUGAUUCUGAUGUGUUUGGUUUGGUGACCCGCUUGGAUCAGGACGGUGUCGUUUUAAGCUUUAAAGUGAUUAGGUUAGCCAAUAUCCAAUGGAAAAAUAAUGAUCAUCUCUUGAGUGUGUUAUUGUAUUCCUCCGAGACAGGGAUCUGGACUCCCAAAGUAGUUCACUGUCCUCAUCAAUUCGAUAACUUGUUUAAUAUCAACCUGAAUGGUACGAUCUGGAGGUUGAACAAUGACGAUGACACAUGGCAACUUUUGUGGGAAGUAGGCUUCCCGAUUAUGGGUAACUAUGCACCCGUGGCAAUGCAUCCAUUUGAUAUUGCUAUUGUCUAUCUAUGGAGUCAAAAGGAUUAUCAUUGGGUAUCAUGUAACUUGCGCAAGAAAGACUACACAUUCCUUCUUGGUGAUGCAUCUCAUCAAAAUUGUUUCAUUGACGAGGCUGUUUGUAAGAAGAGUGUGGAUGAGAUAUGGGAUCCGAGAUCAUCAGACGACGAAGACUUUGUCGACUUUAGAGUUUGUAUCUGGUUUUGCCCAUUCGUGAUUCCACGGUGGUUGGAAUCGGUGCCUCGUCCUCCCCAAGCUGAGAUGAUAGAUAUGACUUCACUGCUUUCUUACGCUACUGUGUCACAUGAGGCAAAGCUGAAGGAUAUACGCGAUGACGAGUACUUUUGGAUGCAGGUUGAGCAGGGUUUGAUCUGA